CAUGUCCUUUACAUACUUGCACAAGAAUAAAAGCAAAUUGAUUCACUUUCAGAUUUUGACUACUAACUAUAGAAAAAAUGAAGCAAGUUCAGUUGUCCUAUUCCCUCCUUCUACUCAUGUUUGCUACCUUCUAUUCUUGCACCAAUUCAGCAACAGCACCAUCUCCAAAAGCUUCAUCCCCAACAUCAUCAAAACCAUUAGUCCCUACAUUACCAGAUCCUCCAGAUUCCUCUGACUCAGCACCAGAUGACAUAGGCAGAAUCCUCAAGAAGGCGAAAACAUUCAGGGUUCUAACAAGGCUGCUGAAAAGCACAGAGAUAAUGAGCAACAUCAACUCACAGCUGAUGACAGCAAAGAGUGGUGGCCUAACAAUCUUUGCCCCGGACGAUAACGCCUUCGCGCAACUUAAGGCAGGGUUCUUGAACUCCCUCAACCAAGGCCAGAAGAUAGAGCUCUUGCAGUUCCACAUCUUACCUCAAUAUGUUUCAAGCACAAACUUUGAUUCUCUCAGCAAUCCUGUUCAAACAGUGGCUGGUGAGGAUCCCACAAAGCUUCCAUUCAAUGUGAUGGCAUCUGGUAACAGUGUCAACAUUUCAACUGGGGUCGUCAAUGCCACAAUCAAUGGACUUGUUUACUCUGAUACCAAUCUGGCCAUAUACCGUGUCAACCAGGUUUUGCUUCCUUUGGACUUCUUUGUGAAGGCUAAGGCUCCUGCUCCCGCUCCGGUCGAGGCAGAGUCACCCAUUGCUGAUAAGAAGUCUUCUACUGAAGAUCAAGAGAAUCAGGAUAAGUCUGCUGCACUGAGCUUACUUAGCAUUCAAGGAACUGCAUUGAUGUAUAUUGCUGUUGGUUUUGUUGUAGUAGCAAUGAUAUGAUGGACUUGAAGAUGAUCAUCAUCCAUUUGGUUGCUUCACUUGUGAAGAACUCUUCUUUUCUUGAUUCUUUUAAAUUUUGCUUAGUUUUCUCUUUCUCACUUUCUGAAAUGUCAAGAGUAUGCUUUGCUGUCUGAUUUGUUCUUUUCAACUUUUUGUUAGUAAAA